UUUAAAAACUUUUUUUUUCAGUGUAACGUUUUAACAUAUAUUGUCAAAAAUAUUAUAUAUCUGCAAGGCAUGUUUCAAGUUUCAUCUUCUUACGAGGAAUGUGGAUGUAUUAUAUAUUCCGAAGAGUGUUAAUAAGGCAUGAGCCCCGUAACGCAGCUUCCCGCGCAGCGAUCAUCUCGCCGAAGUCAUCUCGCGUGCGAAUGGGCGAAGGGCACGUGCCCGACCGGUUUCCCUUUAAUUCGCUUCUUCCACGAAAACUUCCGCGGGAUCAUUAGUUCCGCGUCCCCGGUUAGUUGCGUCACGCACGAAACUAUAAAGAAUUAUUUCGGAGCGGAUCGCGCGCCGCGCCGCGCCGCGUCGUCGUCAAUCGCGGUUUACAGCCGGCUGGGGUCCGGUUUGGUCGUACACGCGCGGCAACGUUAAUCGCCGCGACACAUCUCUCUCGUCGCACUAAUAUCUAGCGUAUCUUAUCUAGCAGUUGUACCUACGUGUGUAUCUCGUGUACCGUUACUCUCCUGCACUUAACGCUGUUAACGCCCACACGUCAUCGCGUCGUGCGUUUCCCUCGGCUUUUUCGCGUGUUGGCGAUCGCGCGCUUUCCGCUAUUCACCAGCAUGACGUUUCAUCUGUAGAUAGUAUCUUUUCCCUUGUGAAAGUAUUUCUUAAGGGAAAGUAAAAAUUCAAAUUUUCAAAUUAUUUCUUCUUAAUGAUGUAACUUGUCGUACAUCCAUCUCUUUUUAUAUAUUCAAUAUUGAAUAAUAAGAAUCUUAAUGAUCUUGUGAUUACGUUAUAGGUAAUAUAAUACGUAUUGAAUAUGUUGCGAAAUGAAAGAUGGCUUGAAAUAUGAAAUUUAAAUAUACACAGAAAACAUUUCAAGGUGCCAAGUUGUAUAAAACACUAAGUUGUAUAAAAAACGAUCUAUUAUAACGUGACAAACAAUGCACAUAUAUUGUAUAAGUUUCUGAUGACUGCGAACCCUAGUAGCCUGUGUCGGUUAAUAAUAGCAAUGAUCGAUUCGAACGCCUCGAUCAUCGAUACUCCGCUUUCAAAGUGCUAAGAACAACCUGUACAAUUGAUCCGCCUAUCUGCCAUACAAAUAGCCUGGAUAAAAAUCGGCGACUGUAAAGCACCGCGGUACGGCCACGGCUCGUUAUCAAUCGUGCGCGGUAGACCAUGCAAGCUGACUCGGGGCACGCGCCUGGCGGGGUCGUAGGCUGCCCUACCUCCUCAUCUCGGGUCUUGUGCCCCUCAUUUUCCUGCGCCUUGCCGAGUAACGUUUGCGAGAGGGAACAAGAGGGAGAGAGAGAUCGAGGAAGGUGACCCCACUUCCAUUCGGUACCCGUAGCGGGGCCCGUGGCCCCAGUCCUCCCACUCGAUGCUUCUACUCCCUUCCUCGCAACACUCUCCCGUUCCCUCUCUCUCGCAAACAACUCCACCACUCUGACCCACGAUCAGCGGUGAUCCCCCUUGGCCCGCCUAUGCGCCGCUACGCUCCCUUUGCGCGGGUUGCGACGGCAGGCCGACUGCAUUCGCGGGGCCUCUUUCUCUCUCUCUCUCUCUCUCUCUCUCUCUCUCUCUCUCUCUCUCUCUUGCUCGCUCACCCACCCUCGUUCGCUCGCUCGUUUGCUCGCUCCCUCACCCUCUUUUUGCGCUUUUUCUCUCACUCCGUCUAAUUUUCUUCUCAUUGUCUUCGUUGGUUCUCUCCUCUCCUUGCCUCCUCUUUCUCGUUCUCUUGCGCUCCCUUCCCUCCCUUUCUCUUUCUCUUCCUCUUCCUCUUCCAACACCCGUGCGAUGCGGCCCACACGCGAGUCCCGCGCGAGCUACACAACACACAUGGCCGAUCGGCCACUCUUACUCGCGGAGUGUGCGGUCCUACCUCCUGCAGGGGACCGUGUCACGUGGCCCCCAGGCCGCAACGGCACGCAGCGCGCAGCACGGGCUGUGCUCUCUCGUGAGCCGCGCACACGACACCAGUCAGAGACGAACCGAGAGACCGAACCGACAGAUCGCAUUCUCUCUCCCAGGAAGCGCGUGUGGUGCUUUCUCCCUCCCUCUCUUUCUCCGAUUCUUUCUCUCUCUCUCUCUAUCUAUCUAUCUAUCUAUCUCCUCUCUCCUUUUCCGUCCCUCUUUCCCUCGCACUCUCUUCCUGUACAACUCUCUUCUCUCUCUUCCACCCUUUCCGUCCCCCUGUUCUUCGCGGUCCACGCGCGACAUGUCAUGGUCUGGGACCACUCACGUGCGCCCCCGCGUUGUCUCUACUACCAUCUGACGUUCCCGCGGCCACGUGCCAAUUCCCCAGUGUUGUGUGUUUACGUUGUGAGGCCCGCGUCGAACCGCGAGAAGAAUCGUUGGAGCAUUGGGAUAUUUGUGUGACACCCCGACGCAGGUGAACACUCCUUUGGCGCGAGAGGAUCGCGCGAGCCAGUCGUGAGAAGUGUAACAUUCUGUCGCGUUUACUCCUCGGCAUCAUGCCGAGAUGGGAACGAGCGGUAGUGUGAGUCGGCUGUGCCGAUGUACAGUGCGUCGUCGUUGUGGGAUGUGCAAUCGGUGUAGUGUGUCAGCGUGUUGUACCGGCGACGUUGUCACGAGGACGGUGGUGCAGCGGAGACCGCACUCUCUCGUUAGGACGACCGACGCUCCGACUGGCCUUCACGGAUGAAAAUGAAUGGAACCGAUAAAUGCAGGAGCAUCGUUCAUCGUUCCGAGGGAUGGACCUAGAAUAAUCACGUUACUCAUCAACUAAGCCAAUCAACGUUCGUUGACCAAACCCCAAACAUUUCGUAAUAAACACGCGACCCUAAAAGAAAGGUGUCAGCGCGUCUUUAUGCGCGCGUCAUCGUCUCGUUUCUUCCGGAGAAGUGUAUCUCGCGAAAAAGAAAUGUGGGACGAGGAUGUCCCACAGAAUGACUCGCACGGGCAGAGCGUGAGGUGUUAACCGCAGGAAUAUAUGUCCUGCCGCGUAUGAUAAGACGGAAAUAUAAUUUAUUGUGCGUGCAUCACGUAUACGAGCACCAUGGUUACCCUGGACACCGAGCAGAAGCCCGAGAGGCAGCACUGCGGCCGACGUAUGUGCGCCAUUUGCAGACGCAUCAAACGAGAUAAAGCGUUGAAGGUGAAGCUCAUGCUGAGGCGACCCAUCAAUCAGCUGGUUGCGCAAGGCAUCAUGCCACCGUUGAAGACGCCACCGGCGUUUCACGAGCAACGGAAGCAGCUGGAGAGGGCGAAGACGGGUGAUCUGCUGAAGGCGAAGAUCCAGCAGAGACCAGGUAGGGACGAGCUGGUUCGGCAGCACAUCCUCGAGGAUGUAGGUCACGUGGAUCCGAGUCUGGCCGAGCGACAGCGAAUGCUGAAGAAAGCCAGGCUAGCUGAUCAGCUCAACGAUCAGCUCAGUCAUCGACCCGGGCCGCUCGAGCUCAUCCAGAAGAACAUCCUUCAUACUGAAGAGCCCAUCGAGAGGGCGGUCAAAGAGGGUCACAUUCCCUUCAAGGCCACCUGCGAGGGGCAGGUGACAAAACCCCAGCACCCAGAUCACUACAUCACUUUCGAGGAUGACUCUCAGAGCUCAGAGGGCGCGCCCUCGCCGCAGCUGGAGUCGCGGUCGUCAGACGUUCUGGAGACCGCGGCGGCCUCCGCGGGCAUCGUCACGGUCUCCCUGAGUAUACCAACAACCGGCGGUGCCGUUGUGGUCUCGUCGACGUCCCCCGUCUUCCAGCAAUCGCCUGCGGAAUCGACGAUACAGACGUUCGCCGAACUUUGCAACACCGUUGUAGGCACGCAGCAGCAGGGUCAGCAGCAAGUUCAACAGGGCCAACAACACACAUCUACGCAGGCGAGCCAAACGACGAAUGGCCCGUCGACGACCCUCCUACCAUUGGCGCCGGCGCCGAGCCCAAUGUCCCUGGGCUCGACGACGUCCAGUCUGAGCCCCCUGUCCAACAUCUCGAUAGCGUCGCCCCCGGCGCCGCCGCCGGCGGCGAUCACCCCGCGGCCCCAGCCAAGUCCGAUAGCCGCCGCCGCCACCACGUGCCAAAGGAGCGACGCUCCCGGGAAGGACAAGAACAGAAAGAAGUCGAAGACCAAGAGCCAGCCCAAGACUCGUACGAUCAAGUUCCAUGAGUAUAAAGGUCCGCCAAACGCUCAAAAAACGUCGUCAUCGUCUAGUACUUCCGGUCUCGGCGGUGCACAGCCCGGUGAGACCAGUUACGAGUUGCUCCUACAGCAGCAACAGCUGUUCCUCCAAUGGCAACUCGAGUGGCAACACAAGUAUCCACAGAUCAUCUUGCCGGCCGCGCAAAAACCGCUAUCGCUCACAAGUAGCGGCGCGAGCGAUGCUGGUAGCGUGAGCGGAAGUAGCGCGAACGCCGCCAGCCCAGCUCCGUCGAAUUCCUCGAACAAUCCUUCGGAGCAGCCUCUAUUGAGGCCUUUGGGGAAAUUAGAAGAGAUGAAAGUGAGCGAUCUCAAGGUGGAACUGAAACGUCGAAAUCUACCGGUGUCGGGCUCGAAACCACAGCUGAUUGAGCGAUUGAAGCCCUUCACGGAGUCGUCCAACAACAACUCGACUUCCAACUCUACUGGACCGCACGUGACGCACAUGGGUCAUAUCUUGAUGGACACACCUGGCCCGAUGGCAACGGACGACUCCAGCUCUCAGGCUAAGAGUCCGUGUGCUAUCGUGAAGGAGGAGCCAAACAGUCCACGUACCUCCUCGCCCCACAAUAGCGAACACGACGAUCCAUUGAGUCCACCAGGAGAUGAUAUUAUCAAGGUGCAGAGGAAACGGAUAGAGGAAUUACAGCGUGAACUGUACAAGUCACAGCAACAGCUCCAGCAGAUUCGUCAAACACAGCCGGCCACGGUGCGCGCUGAGAAGCUGGCGCUUCAACAACAUAUACACAAUAAAAUGCAACAACAGCAACUGGCUUUACAAUUGCAACAACUUCAGCAUUUACAGCAACAACAGCAGCAGCAACAACAACAACAACAAAAUCAACAACUAACGCAACAGCAACAAGCUACAAUUCAACAAUUUAAUGCGAAGGCGAGUCUCGCGGCUUUUCUGCAAGCGCAACCAAACAACGCAACUGCCAUUCUUGACUCCGCGACUCUGACAGCGAUCAACAAUAAGAAGAAUCAAUCCAAAAACAGCACUACUGUUCAAAUACCCACGGCUAUCGUUCUGAAUCUGGCGAAACCAACCAAGCUAAAUGGUUCGCUGCUUGGUGCUCUUGUUGCGCAAGCGCAAGUUCAACAACAACAGCAGCAACAACAACAACAACAACAGCAAACAAUUACUACUGACGAUACUAAACCGCCGCCACCGCAGUAUGACGAAGCUGCUAAGUUGCUAAAGGUCAAAAUAGAACCGGUUCAAAAGAGUCACAUAAAAAGUCAAGUAGUUGAUGACGUAUUAGAGAUUCUCAUCAAGAAUGGCGAGCUACCACCAAGUGCCGCACAAGAUCCAGCCACUCCGACGACUCCGAAUCGCCAGCUACAACAGAAUUUGGUGUUCACCGCGGCAGCAGAUAGUCCAACUCAGUCAUUAGUUUUUACGGCCGCGAGUCCGAUAAGUCCGAUCAGUCCGAUACCAAUGGAGGUGUCUCAGAGUGGUUGUUCGAGCCCGUCAACACCGGCACCACCGCCACCGCCGCCAUUGCCAUUAACUGCAUUCACCAUUCAGUUACCUGACACACUCCAACAACUACAACAACAGGAGGAUAUGAACUCCUUCAACACAGAUCUUUUAUCCUCCGAGGCCGACCUGGAUGCUGCAAUGUUACUCAGUCCACAGUCGGUGCAACAAUCUUCUCCGGAUCCUCAACCGCCACAAGAAGUAACUUCCUCGGACAAUGCUAAUUUGGAUCUCAAAGAACUAGGAUUGGACUUGGAAACAUUAGAUCCAAUGGACUUUGGUCAAUUAGACUGUGACAUGCCGAUGGAUAUGGACGAUCCCGAUUGGUUGGAUUCUCUGAUGCCGCAAUCGCCACCAUCUUCUUCGAUAAUGUCAUCAUCGAAUCAUCAUACCAAUCCGUCAAUCAGUCUGUCAUCCACCACAGAUAUCUAUGACCCGCUACUAGGCAGCAGUCAGUACUCGUUUGAUCUCUUUAACAUGGAGGACUCUGACUUCAAGAUGUCGUCCGACUUAUCCCCGAUGACCUGGGACAAGGUAGACUUUGCGACCUAGCCCGAAAUACUCUCUUGCAAUCCGGCGUUAUGUACUUAAUCCUCGGCAGGUAAUCAAAAAUAAAAUUCGAGGUAAAUAAAAAAUCGCGGACAGUAAGACCAUUGCCAUUUCGGAUCUGUCCGAUGCAUUUUAUAUAAACCAUUUCGCGACAUCCUUGCCUUUAAUGUAUCGACAUUACAUCAAAUGUGUACUUAUAUGCGCGCGUCAACACGGGAAGUGCGCGUUAAUUUUGAAAGCAUACCUACAUUUUAAAAAAUAAGUACAUAAUCGCGCGCAAUCGUUAUCAUUAUUAACAAUUAAGAACGAGAAGGCUGUCGAAUUAUGGACCAGUGUCUGAUAUGCGUGUGUCAUCUUUCGGUCCUCUUCGAUCAAUGAACGUUAACGCAUAUCACUCUUUUAAUCGAUAUCAUCGAUUGUUCCACCAGAAAAAUAAUAUUCGAUUUACAUAUAUAAGGUUUAUAUAUAUAUAUAUAUAUAUAUAUAUAUAUAUAUAUAUAUAUAUAUAUAUAUAUAAAUCUUAUCCUUAUACAUAAAGUGUUUUUUUUCGUACAUCUGUGCGAAUUAAAAUCUGAAAUAACGAUGUGCAUGAGGAUGCGACAGAUCGCUUAUAUAAAAAGGAAAAGGACCUACAAUUCCGGGACCUAAAUUAACUUUCAAAAUUCUCCAAAGAGUCAGCUUACGGUUUUUUAAGCUAGUUUUUACUGUUCAAUCGUGUGUUGCUUGAAGUUUAAUAAUCGCGAGAAAUAGCGUGUGUGUCAAAACAAGGAGACGAAAAAUAUUGCGUACAUGAUCCUCUUGGAUGAUCCCCUGUUUCCAAAUACCUGCCCCUCUUCCGCAACCGUAAUUAAUCGUAGCAUAACUACAUAAUUAUACAUUUACAGAAUCUAAUAUAACGAUAAUUAUUGUAAAGAUAUACAUACAUACGCAUAUAUAUACAUAUAUACACAUAUGUAAAAUAUACUUCUAUACGUGCGCCUGACGUCUGCGAAUCGUGUAACGUUCGGAUACGCGAGUUCGGGGGCCUUCCAGCGCAGCUAUACAUAUUUUCUAAGCCACAGAGCAUGUGAUGUUAGGAAUUAUUGCGUAUUUUAAUUGAUAAUCAUUAUAAUAGCGAUGAAAUCGUAGAACGGCUGCGCGCACGAGCGAGCUGCACUAUUGUCACCGGGAUCAGUUGCCACGGCGCGGUCCUUCGAUCUUUCCACUGCGACUAGUAAUCUUUUUGUUGCUAUAUGACAUUCCAUGUUUCCAAUCUGUGUACGAACAAGGGAGAUCGAAGCCACACGUGUCGAGCGAUCGCUACGUGAAUCGAAGAAUCCCGUCUCGGAACGCUGUGUCAAGCAAGAAUUGCUUCAUGCCUUGAAAUCUGCACUGUUCUGAGACGCUCCUCGGAGACCAAGUGGCUUCGGACUUUGACGUAACGACGAAGGACCGCGCUGCCGAACUCGGUAACGAGAGCAAGAAUGUGUGUGUGUGUGUGUGUGUGUGUGUGUGUGUGUGAGAGAGAGAGAGAGAGAGAGAGAGAGUGUGUGUGUGUGUGUGUGUGUGUGUGUGUGUGUGUGUGUGUGUGUGUGUGUGUGUGUGCGUGCGUGUGUGUGUGUGUGCGCGCGUGCAAGUGUGUGCAAGUGUGUUUGUAUGUGUGAAUGGAAGAUAUAUCUUAAAAAGUAUGGAUGCUUAUCUGAGAAAGCGCAAGGAAAGCUCAGGCAAAACAAAAUUAUGGUACGAUGAUUAUGAUGAUAAAUCAUAUCUUUGAAUAAAAAUUUUGCAAAAAAUUUCAAAACAAUGCAUAAAGAAUAUUUGUUAUAGUUUUAUUUUUAAUUUUUUAAAUACUUUUUACCUGAAAAUUGAAAUAAUUAAAAUUUUUUUAAUAUAGAUUUAUGAUGAUAUGUAACAAGUGACUUGUCAACUUGCAACUUGAGAUUUCCUUACAUGGAUGAAUGUGAUAUGUAUCAAUGUUUAUGGACAGCGAUGGUGCUAAUCGAAACCCCAAUACUCGGCGAUCGAUGAUUUUUCUUAAAAAAAAAAAGAAAAAACGUCGCGGUUAUCUUCAUUCUUUUUUUAAAAAACUUGUAAUAAUACCGCAACGUUUCGAAUUUUCCUCGCAACCAACGUGCCUCGAAGUGUUGUUUUUCCUUGCGAGCUUUUUAGUUCCGCGCGGAACUGACGUUACGUAGUACGAAUAGAGAAAGAGUGCUGUAUUUAUGUUGUUAAGUUUUCGAGUGAGAGAAAAAUUAAUGAGGUGUGUUCCCAUUAUUCUCAUUAACGAAACACGGUACAUUGGUCCGCGAUCGUCACUUCCUUUUCCGUAUUCACCACAGAAAGAGCAAAGGAAAAAAAUGCAACAUUCCAAACAUAUUCACUUCAUGGAGAAUUCUAAAGAGACCUCGAGGUACUACCAUGUUCCGUGUGCGCGAGAACCUGACAGAGGAGACCAGGAGCGCAAACAGGCGCCGUAACGCAUCGCCGAAUCCGUCGAGACACGCGCGGAAAUAAUUAAGCUGGAACUUAGUGCAUUUAAUUAAAGGAGCCGGUUUGCCUUCUUGUCUUCUUUCCUCUCAUGUUCUGACUCCCGGAGCCAGUUGCAGAAUCAUUCUUUUUUUUUAUCAAGCUGAUAAGCAUCGAUUCCAUAAAUCUUAUAAAUUUCGUAAUUUAUUUGUAGUGCCAAGGGAAUGGAUCGCUUAUAUAAUUCUGUAAAUUGCACACCACCGGUCGCGAAGGUGUCGUUUCAUUCGUAGCAAGCGGCUCACGCUUAAUCAAUUUGCAGCAUUACUGAUUCGUUGUAAAAGCCACGUUUUUUAAUUGCGUUUUACUAAUACCUGCAUUUAAGAUAUCGCUUCUAUAUUGCUUUUUCCCGCCGUUGUCUGAAGCUUUUAUAAACGACAAACAUGGCCUGCAAACUCAUCUGUCACGACAAACGGAACAUGGUAUCGGGGUGAGAAAUAAAGGUGCCAAAAAAAUUAUCCCUUGUUACAAGCAUCACGUAGAAAAUCGUCACACUCGUCACCAUCCGUUGCCUCAUGACAAUAAGAAGGAUUUUAUUGUUCUCUGUAAAAUACUGUACAUAUAUGUGUAAAAUAUAAUGAAAGAGAGAUAAUGUGUGUUUUGUAGUAGCGAGCUUGACAUAAAUUUAAUGAAUUUAUUUAGGGUAAUUAAAAGGCGAUUAUUAACUAAAAAGGUCGUAUUAUAUCGUAAAACAGCGCGUCCCUAUUUCAUCGUACUCGCAACGAGCCAUCAUGCUUGGAGACGUUGCAAUCGCGUAAUUAUUUUAAGUUCGAGUCGUUCAUCAUGAUUUUGCCGAUGAGUGAUCGAUCUGUCAGGCUGUGCGAAUCUGGUAGUCUGUCGUGUGUGGUGCAUCUGCAGUGUAUGUGCGUAUACGUAUGAAUACUAAAUCUUUAUAACUCGCGAGUGCGAAUCAGAAUGAAGCAGCCGAGCAAGGUGUAAAGUAUGUAAACCGCGAUCGCAUCUAUGCAUAUAUACAUAGCUUCGUCGAGUAUAUAACAAACCGCGCAAUUGCAAUCCGGGGAAAAACGAAAUGAUGCAAUAGCAUCGCACACAUAGAUACACACAAACACACGUACACAUAUAUACACAAUACACAAUUGGUAUGCGCAUUGCGUGCGCGCGCGCGUGAGGAGUGGUAUACAUAUAAGCUUUUGUUAUUAAGUAUCAUUGAAUUUAUUGUAAUGAUAUACUCUUAAGUAACGAUCACGUAAUUAUUGCUAGAGAGAGUGUUAUUUAUUUUUAUUUGUUGCGAAUUUAUCGAUUGCCUUCCAUUUGAGUAAAAUAAAUAAAUAUAAAGUUAUUCGCUAAA